AUGGUUUGUGAUUACAUUUUUGGCACAAAAAGUGAAGAUUCAUUGAAUUAUAUGCGAGAUGCUAUGCUUACUGAUUUUUACACAAAUAUAGAAGAAACACCAGGAUUCUACUUUUUACCAUGUGUAGGUUGAAAACAAAUUGAUAAUGUCAGAAAAAAACUAUUUCCAGUUUUUGGACAACAAACCAGAUCAACUUCGAUGGCAAUGCAUAGGUUUUAUUAUUGUGUUUAGCAGUAUCUUUGUAUCACAAUACAUUAUUAUUUUUUAUUGUGGGAUAAACAUGUUCCGAGAAUUGAACAAAGUCGUGUUCUUAAAAUCAAAGAAAUAUCAUCGACUGCAAGUUGAACUUUUUCGAUCAUUGGUAUUCCAAGUAACUGCGCCUACCUUGAUUUUUUAUAUACCGGCGAUGCCAAUUUUAUUACGACCUUAUAUUCCGUUUGAAAUCGACUUCCAAACUGGAGUUCUAGUUGCGUCUUUCGGUUUAUAUCCACCAAUUGAUAGUAUCAUUUUGAUGAUUGUUGUAACAGAUUACCGAAAAUCGAUUAAAAUCGUUUUCCUAGAUUUAUUCAAUUGUGUUAAAACUUUGUUUGUCAAGAUCAGAUAUUGUUGUUGA